AUGUUACUAAAUAAAAUUGAUGGUGACGUAUACAUGCAGUCCAAUCAGUCCAAUAGCAGCCUUGUGUAAUUUCUUAAAUCUCAGGAUUAAACAGGAUUAAGGAUCAAGAAUUUAGUAAGAUCGAACUAAUAACUGCGCGUCUGACUUGAUCUGACUUAUCAAACCAGCUCUGUGUGCCUAGUAGCCUAGUGCGCGUGACAAGAAGAUUAACGAAUACUUCCAGAACGUUCGAACGUUCAAAUCUUUCUUCCCGUACUUAUCUUGGCGCAAUGUCGAAAUUCACGGAUUCGCGCAUCACAUCGCCUCGGUGUUCGCGGAUUUUAGCGUCCGUUCGUCUGGUUGAACGUUGUUUGGACGUGGUGGCUGAGACAGGAUUUCAGGGAAGGUGGAAUCGGUGGAAUCUCGGAGCUGUCAGUCAGUGUCGUCCACGUCAGUCCGCUCUCGUCGGCGUUAUGGAGCGCAAAAGAAGGGAAUUGGAAUCCUCCGAUUGUGGAAUGACGGAGAAUACGGAGCAGACAAAUCAUCCUUGGAAUGCUCUGACGACCAUAACCACGUUUGACCAGGGCUCAAGUAACAACAUGAGGUCAACGUUUUGUCUGGACAAUAUUAAUAAAAAUGAAAACAGAUCAAUUGCGCCACGAGAACAGCAAAUAACUCAAUCCACUGGCAUCUUAAUUGAAUCACUCCUACGACAAUUAUGCAAUCUGUUAGAAGAGGAUAAAGUUCGCAGAAAUAAAUUAUAUUAUACAAUUUGUGAUAAACUACACCAAUUGCAAUUAAUUAACGACACCUAUAAUACGCCAGAAUUCGAAAUGCUAAGAGGACAAUAUCAACAUGCUUUGUAUCACAUGCUUACAGUCGCUCGUGGUGAGCUUAAAAGUGAAAAUGCUCUGUCUAUAUCUAUACCAAGAUUCAUAACACCGAAAUUCCGUUAUCGCGACGAAUUUCGCGAAAUAUGCUUCAUUGCUCGUGGAGGCUUUGGUGAAGUUUAUAAAGCACAACAUCGUCUCGACGGCAUCGAAUAUGCGAUUAAAAAAAUAUUUAUGCCCGUUGAUCAUAUAGAGACUAUCAAGCAGCAACUAAAUGAAGUAUGGACAUUGGCUAAAUUAAAGCAUACUAAUAUUGUUUCCUACAAUGCGGCUUGGAUGGAACCGUUGUCAUUGCCUAAUAUUUCGUCAUCUACAGAUCGAAAAUCAUACAGGUCAUCACAUGGAUCGAAAUACUAUCGAAAAGAAACCAAGUCAUAUAGUUCGCAGUCCAUCAACAAUUUAUUCGAUAACAAAAAUGGUGUGAAUUUUAAUAAUAGUAAAAUAUGUCUCAAUGAGCAAAAUAUAUUACCUGAUACUAAAGCAUCUUCUACCAUUGAUAUGUAUAUAGAUAAAAAGAAAAAGCAAAAUAAGAUAUAUGGGAAUUGGGAAAAUAGUGAUAGUAUUUUUAAUCGCAGCACUAUUAGUCAAAGAUUUGAGGAACUUAAUUUGUCGGUUAACACCACAGGAGAGGAAAUUGUUGAGAAAAGUGACAUAGAAGAAUGUACUAACGAAUCUUAUUCAGACGUAGUGUCUUUUCGAAAUAGCAAUAAAAAUCUAGAUCAAACAAUUGCAGACAUAGAAUCUACUAGUCAAGAAAUAUGUAUGUACGCUUCUAAAAAAAAUCGACCGUACGUGAUUUUAUACAUUCAAAUGUCUUUGUGUGAACAAACACUCGAGCAUUGGCUGCGCAGUAAAAUAAGUGUAACACCUGAACCAAUAGUUAAAGCAAUAUUUCAACAGAUACUUUGUGGAGUCAACUAUAUGCAUUCCCAAAAAGUUGUACAUCACGAUAUAAAGCCAAGUAAUAUAUUUAUUUCGACAACCGGACAGCUUCAGAUUCAAUUAGGUGAUUUCGGUUUAGCUUGUCCAUUACAAAAAGAAAAGCAUCAUUCCGUAAUUGGUACCCAUUUGUACGCAGCACCAGAACAACUGGAGGGAAAGUGUGAUCGACAGAGUGAUAUCUAUAGUAUAGGAAUCGUUCUCACUGAGCUAUUAAUUCCAAUAAAAACUCAAAUGGAGUUAAUUUCUAUAAUCAGCUCUUUAAAGAAUGAUACAGUACCAGAAGCUUUCAAGCGACACAAAUGGACACGACUGGUCAAACAAAUGGUGCGAAAGGAUCCUUCCGAACGACCAUCGACAAAUCAGCUUCUGAAGGAAUUUGAUGACGACAAGGAUGUAAUAAUAAAUGGAUUAAAAGAUACUAUUGUGGAUUUAAAAAAUGAUAAUCGUAUUAAAGAUGACACAAUUCAAGGGCUGCAAGAAGAGAUUGCGUUAUUAAAGGAAAAAGUUCAGAAACUGUCACCUAGUAAUACAACAAAGUAAGCUAUUAUAUAAUGCCUAAACUCACAUGAAAAAACUUGACAUGACGUUAAUAAGACUGACAAAUAUAACAAUUUUUGUUCUUGAGUUCCUAGAAAAAUAAUAAUUC